GCACUAUAAAAAGGAGUGGACGCUGGUUCUAAGAACAUAAUCAGCAUACGGUUGUCAAACAGUCAACACCAGACUUACCCAUCCAUCUCGAAAUGGCAUUCAAAUUCGCCGUCUUCGCCGCCAUCGUGGCCGUCGCCAACGCCGUCGCCAUCGGCUACCCAGCUCCAUUGGGAGCUUACCCAGCUGUGGCCAAGGUCGCCGCUCCUCUGGCUUACCCGGCCGUCGCCAAGGUUGCUGCCCCGGUUGUUGCUAAGGUUGCCGAAGAAUACGACCCGAACCCUCAGUACAGCUACAGCUACCACAUUGCCGAUGCUCUGACCGGAGAUAACAAGGAACAGCAGGAAUCUCGCUCCGGAGAUGUCGUGACUGGCUCGUACUCUCUGGUGGAACCCGAUGGCACCCGUCGUGUCGUUGAGUACACUGCCGACCCAGUCAACGGAUUCAACGCCGUCGUCCACCGUGAGCCUCUGGCCGUCAAGGCUGUGGCCCCAGUUGCCAAGUUCGCUGCCCCGCUGGCUUACCCCGCCGUCGCUAAGGUUGCUGCCCCGUACGCACCAUACGGAGGAUACCCAGCCUACGGAAAGGCUAUCCUUGGUUAAAUCAAAUCUAACCGUUACGAUAAUGGACAUACUUAGAAGUAUUUCAUAUGAUAACAAGCGUAUUGUAUCGAAGUAUCUCUAACGCACGAAAAGACUGCGCACCUCGGAAAUCGUUGUACACAAAGCAAAAAAAAAGAACAACUCAUUUGUAAAUAGUAGCGCAAGUGCUUGAAGCAUCGACCAACGAUCCCCUACCUAUAGCCACAGCCGCUGAUGUAGAUGGAUCAGUAACAUUGACAAUGUUUGACUGUGUUUGACUUGUAUUGUUUUCUAGUUCUAGUGUCCGUAAGAAAAUAAAGCAGCAUUAAAGUUGUGCUCGUGAAAGAGAA